AUGCCCAAUAGUGAUUCGUCCGGUGGUAUAUACUCCCCUCUUCCACAGACGACACUGACCGAUUCUGAGAGUGAAGAAGAGCUAUUGCGACGUACCACAAUAACAGUUCGCCGAAUAUCGGAACGCACGUUUGGCGGAAGUACCAGGGGUAGGAGCGGUGGUGUUGUGACGGCGAUCAUGAUGAACGGUAUGAAGGGGCGACCGGUGGCGGAGAUUCGCUCAGCUACAGGAACCGAAAAUGGUGGUGCUGCCCUGUACAACGGUGGUUAUCCACCGAGCCCGAGCGAUGUGGAGGAUGCAAGUGGCGUCUUUCACGCGGACAAUGUGGCCAUUCUGCACGAGGCCGGUACGAUACCGGAUCACAAAAUGUCCUUCCCGAGGAAAUGUUGCUUCGUGGCAUCUCUGGUCAUUUGUUUCCUCGCGGUGAUAGUGUUUCUUUGGAUUAUUCCGUGUUCGGAUGAGCUGUCCUGUCCUGCACGCGCGGAACGGGUUAAAACGCAAAACUGGAUACGUAACUACGAGAAAAUCGAACUGAAAGGUGUGAUCAACGUUGUCGAGGGUGUACACGGCAAGAGCAAGAACCUGGUCUUCAUGUACCGGGGCGAUAAGCUGUUCCCAGAGUUUGACGAAUCGUACAGAAGACGGAAUGGGAUCAUUUCACUGGUCGGUAGCUCCGGCAAGGUCGCUUGGUACGAUCAGAUGAUAAACGAACCGAAGAGCAUCGAUUGCACCUUGCUAGAUGCGGAUCGGAGCGGUGCCCCAGACUGUCUGGUGCUGGAUGAGUACGGCCAGCUAGAGUGUAUCGAUCCACUGUCCGGGGAGUGGCUGUGGCACGCGGAAGGAUACAACAAGCGAAGCAACAGCGGCAAACAGAACGACAUGCUCGACUUCCCGCUCCUAAUACCGGACGUCGACGGGGACGGAGUGUACGAUCUACUGUUCGUGACGAGUUCCAGCGAGACCAAGCACAACCGUUUGGUGAUGAUAUCUGGCCGGAAGGGCAUCACAAUCGGGGAUUCAUACGCCGUUAAAGAGUGUCUGUACGUCCACAAGCUCAUGCUGGACGAGGAACUAAACGUAAAGUUUAACUGCGUCAAGGAAAAGUCUGAACAGCAGAAAGCCAAGUCACUACCGGAGCUGUACAAGCUCAUACAUCGUAAAGCACUCGAUAUGCGUGUGGUUCGCCGAAUGCCCACCGAUCUGCCCCAGCACAAAUUCUUCGGCCAAAGGCGCAACACCGAGAAACAGCGCACGAUAACAAAUGUCGGUGGCAAGCAGCUCGUGGUGGAGAAUCGUGGCAAAUGUCCGGAGAAUUGUUCCACCUCGGUGCUGCUGACGGAAGAGUCAACCGGCGAGUUGCUGUGGAACGUAUCCGGCCGUCAGCUGUACGGCAUGCAGCCGGUGCGAUUAAGCUUCUCCAAUUUCGGUGCCGAUAACCGCUCCACCAUGUACGGGUUCGUGAUUAAGUUUUGGGAGUGGAGCCAGCGUGAUCCGGACAAUCGGAGCUCACGGUUCAAGCGCACGCUGUUCGGUGCGCGGGAUGACGACAGCAAGCAGCGCUUCAUCCACCAGCAGCCCUGGAUAGGACCGCCCGGGCUGGACGCCAUCUCGAAAACGUCCUCGUCAGCACGGGGCCAAAAUCAAUCGGCGUCCUCCCCGGCCCGACCGUCCGGAGUGUUCCGCACGCGUAUGCGCUACCUCAAGGAAACGAUCAAGCUGAUCGUGUUCAACUCGAGCUACAUCAAGAUCGAAAACACGAGCCAAAGCAAUGUGAUCCAGUUUUGCCGCGAGACGAUCAACGGCGAUCCGGCGGAUCCGGUGCUCUGUCAGCCGGAUUUGAACUAUCAGGAAAACUCGCUACUAAUCGCCGAUCUGGACGACGAUGGUUCGCAGGAGCUGGUGUCGUAUUAUUCGACCUUCGUCAAAACCGCCACCAACGAUGCAGACGGGAUGGGAGCUGGUGUGGGCGUUGGACCGGGCGCGACCAUGAAGUUGAAGACGUUCGUCCAGCUGUUGCGGCUCGAAUCGGAGCUACCGAAACUGUACACACCGUCUGCCGGUCAGGAGUCGGAUGGUGUCAAGCAUCGUUAA